AUGUCGUCAAGACAAAAGGUCACCGUCCAGCCGAUCAACAUCAUCUUCCGGCACCUGCAGCAGCAGUCGCGCGUGUCGCUCUGGCUCUACGACAACGUCGACUUCCGCAUCGAGGGCAAGAUCAUCGGCUUUGACGAGUUCAUGAACGUCACCCUCGAUGACGCCGAAGAGGUCUGGAUCAAGAAGGACAAGCAGAGGAAGGAGCUCGGGCGGAUCCUCCUCAAGGGCGACAACAUUACGCUCAUCCAGCCGGCGAUGUGA